UCUCAUUAAUAUAAUUAUGCAAGAAUAUAUUUUAAGUAUCAAUUUUUUACAGAUUACUGUAAAAUAAAAAAUUGGGUCUAUGUGUGGUAGCAUUUAAAAAGGUUGCUUUGAGAAUCAAAAAAUUAAGAAAUCCAUAAAGAUUUUAAUUUUCUAGGAAUCGAAAUAAAAUCUGUUUUGGCUUAAAAAUAGCGGAAGACGAUUUUUUAAACGUAAGCAGAGCUCGGACGCUCUAAAAAUAUAACAGACGUAACUAUAAUAUUUACUUCUAAUUUCGCUGGUGUUGCAUCAUUCUUUUAAGAACGCGAUUUACUAUCUGCAGAGCAAGCAAUAAUAAAUUGUUAAUUCAACGGUAUGCGUCUCGUAAAUAAAUGUAUUAAUUUUCUUAUCCAUUCCUCUAUUCAUCAUUCGAUCAUUUAAUUUAAAAGACAGAUUUGAAACUUGAACUUUGACAGACGAAACAGUGUCAAGUCAUUAGGUAAGCGCAGCUGUCAAUCUCAGCGAUGAUUUCUCGAACACAUUUCCAAAUUUCUUCGACGUUUAGAAAAAUUUAUCUCCAGUAAAUUUUCACGUGCUCGCAUUGCAUUACUUAAUUUUUCAAAUUAAUUAAUGUUUAAUUAAUGAACAAGUUCGUAAUGCCGUCAAAUCGCAAUUAACCAAUAAAUCAUUUAGCAGGAGUAACUUGUUUACGUAGUAUCAUUGAAAAAAAUUUUCGACCAUGAUAACUGGAAAGAUUAACACGCUCGUAUUCAAUAAUCAAGCCGAGCAAGCCCCUUCGGUAUGCGAAGAGCACUAUCUCCUCUUGUUGGAGUUGUAUGUGAAACAGGCGUCAGGCAACGACCGCCUGGCCAAAUUGAAUCAAAUGUUUUUCGUACCUACCAGCGUUUAUUUCGGAUUUCUCGACUUCGUGGACGAAGAUGAUUUAAUGGUGACUCCGGUAGAUCCCUUUUUCCAAUCGCAGGUAGGCGUUAUUAACGACGUCGAAGUCUUCAACGUCGGAAAAUCAGUAUUGUUCGCCAUCGAUUCCGAGGCGGCUAUGAGUCGCAGUGUAAAAUUGAUCCUAAAGUUUACGGUGAAGAAGCAGAUGCCGGAUGCCAUCAAGCCGGAUGUGAUAGUAGGUGUUGGCGAGCUGGACCUGUCCGGUCAAUAUGCGGCUUUGCGAAUAGAGAUGAUACAGGAUUGGAAAAAUAAUAUCACGACGUCCAAAGAGUUUGACGGUCAAGUACCGUUGUUUUACAAUGGCAGCUUGUCGGGCAAUCUGGAGGUCUUCGUGAGAAUCUCCGGCCUCGGGCAGAUGAUCGUCACGGAAUUUAACGCGCCAAUCCCGCAGGAUCUAUCGACGUUCGUUUUCGGCACCAGAGAGGCCGAUCAGAUUUUGUCGUACAAGUGUCGCGAAGUGGACUCUCGUACCAUUGGCAUCUUCAAGGAUUCCAGCGAGGAUCUUCAGAAACCGAUAGACUGUCCCGUGUGUGUACCAGAGAAGUACCCUUGUAUACCAUGUGGGAAAUUAGCGGCUGUCGAAAAGAGAGAUGAGAAAAUAAGGAAGAAAGAAGACGACGGGUUGGCUGAAAGGAAAUUAAAGGACGUAAAGAGUUCUGUCCAGUACGAUCGCGAUCCGUCUCAAUUUUACGGCAAGCCCGUAGUUCUCAAGGUGUCCGGUCUUUUUAACAAGGGCGACGGCCCUGACGGAAAGAAACCCACGGUAACGGUUGCCGCGGAGCCCGCCGCGACUAAACCGGACGAUGCAGCUGAUCCCGACCACGAUAUUUUUGUCCUGAGAAUCGGUAAGAAGGGUCUUGUCGGCGUCGGCGAGAAAUCUGACAUACAGCUGGAGAUGAAGACCCCGAAAGGAAUUGAAAGAAGACCCCCGAUUAGGUAUGAGACCAGAGACGCGCAAACAGAGGAAUAUAACGAAGAACUGCCAAAAGAAAAGAAAGAUAAGAAGAUUAAGAAGAAAAAGUGACGCGUUACAUUAUUCAAAUUCGGGAGUCAAGUUCUGAUAAGCACGAAUUCAUUCUAAGGGAUUUAUAUUGCAGCGAUACAUUUUCUAUUGUCGAUUUUUCAUUUUGAUGCAACCGUUGUGCAAUAAAUACAUACGUUUACUUAAUCGCUUUUAAAUUCUAUGUACUAAAUUGUUAUAAAUGUAAAAAGAUAUUGUUGUAAAAAUAAAUUAUAUAAGUAAGAUCAAGUAAAUCAAACGAAAUCAAUUAAAUUGUUCUGUUUUUGUACGCAGUCCUACUAUCGAGAAUAUAGCUUUUAAAAUUUGAAUUUGUAAUUUACUUCAGUAUAAUAAUUGUCAACCUAAAAAUUUGUCAUCAUCGAUGACAAUCAAAAUUAAUUAAAGUGAUAUAAACAAUCAAAUAAAAAUUACUAAAGUAUAAUUUAU